UGAGUAUUUUAAGAUUAACCUUCUUGUGUGUUGCUGCAAAAAUGUACUUCCUUCACUCUUAACUCUGCAAAAUGUCAUUUGCAUUGCAGAAAUAAUCUAAAAGCAUACUAUAUUUCAAAGAAAGCAAUGUCAACUGAUUUCACUUAACCAGCAUUCUCAACUUAGCCACACAGACCAGGACAACUCGAGAAAAGUAAUGAUUAGCAAUUACCACAUCCUCAGAAGUAUGUUGCUGUGGUUUUUAAAGAUUCAACAUGAAUUGUUAUGCAAGAAACUGCUGCUCAGUGUAUUGUUACUUUUACCAGUAUGAGCGGACAAGUGCUCUACAAAGAUUUUCUUAACAUGGCCUUGUUCAUCUGGAUAUUGCUGUUUAGUUUAAAGUGCCUAACUGCCUGUCCUCCAAAGUGUACUUGUGAUGAAUCCGAGGCUGUCCAUUGUCAGGGAUUGAAUCAAGAGGAGCUGAUAGAUCUUGCAACAGUUCAAGAAAAUGCUUCAUAUUGGCUAGAACAUGUCGAGUCACUUGACGUCUCCAACAACAACCUGACUUUUAUUGACCAAAACAUUUUUUUGACUGCGAAAGUCCUCCGCAAACUCUACUUGCAAGGUAAUAACAUAUUUUUCUUGCCUGCAAGUCCCUUCAGGGCUUUGUCUAAUUUGACAUUGUUAGAUUUGAGUAGCAACAAUAUUGAAUCCUUACUUUUUGGAUCUUUUGAUGGAAUGGAGAGCUUACAGACAUUAAUUCUCAGUUUAAACCAAAUCUCUUCUCUGCAAAAAGGAGUCCUUGAAGGAGUCCCAGAACUUCAUACUCUUCACCUGAGCAGUAACUCCAUUUUUACUAUCGAAGAGGGGCUCUUUGACAAUUCAACAAAUUUAAAAAAACUCUUUCUUGCCAAUAACAGAUUUACAAACCUACAGGAAGGGUCCUUUCGAGGUGCAAUCAACCUGGAAAUUUUAGAUCUAAGCUCUAAUAAUAUCAGUGCUGUACCGGUUUCUGCAUUUAUUGAUGUUCCUAAGCUAAAGAGCCUAUAUCUUUUUAAGAACCAGCUUGUUAUGGUACCAUCUGAAGCUUUCACUGCUAUCAGCUCUCUACAUAUUUUAGAUAUUAGUAACAAUUUGUUAUCUGAUGUCCUGGAAGGUGCCUUUCAGUGUCUAACUGAGCUUAAGCGAUUAGACCUAAGCUUCAACUAUAUCAAGGCUUUCUCUCCUUCAGCAUUUACUGACUUACAUAACUUGUCUGUGCUCAACUUGUACAACAACAGCCUAACUAACUUGUCAUCGGGGGUCUUCCAGAACCUGUUAGCUUUAAGGGAACUGCAUCUUGAUGACAACAACCUUUUACAUGUAUCCCCAGAUAUUUUCAGCAACACACCAAAUCUAAUGGAGCUUCAAAUGGACAGCAAUCUACUUUUGAGUCUUCCUGAUACUUUGUUUUCCCAGCUUCAGCAACUGAGGUUUCUCUAUCUCGAUAACAACUUCUUCUCAAGAAUACCACCAUUCUUUUUUCAGCAAGUCACAAACCUGCAAGAACUUCAGCUCCAUCACAAUAAAUUGGUCUCCAUACCCCAUAAUGCAUUCAGCAGCUUGAGAUUCCUGCAACAAUUAUAUCUCAGCCAUAACUCUCUGUUUGAACUGGAGCCCACGCUUUUCCAUGCACUGUUACACUUAAAGGAGCUUUAUUUGAAUAACAAUGACAUCCGAAAUAUAUCGAACACACUUUUUCAGAAUCUUACAAAACUACAAAGGCUUCAUUUACAUGACAACCACAUUUCUUUGAUUGAGCCUGGGAUCUUUGAUGGACUUGCUUCCCUGAAGGAACUUGACUUAAGCUACAAUAAGCUGUUGAGCUUAGAUCCUCUCAUUUUCCAAAACUUACAAAACCUCAGAAAGAUCCACCUUAAUAAUAACCGUCUCUUGGUCUUGCCUCCAGGAAUAUUUCAUUCACUCCACUUGUUAAAGAAACUCUAUUUGGAAAACAAUCACCUUUACCAACUUUCUUCAUAUAUAUUCGAUAGUUUAACUCAUCUUCAAGUACUAUACCUUAAUUUCAAUGAUCUCCAAAUGUUUUUAAAUGGCACUCUGGAUCCCCUGGUGUCCCUGAAGAGGAUCUACUUGGGAAACAACCCAUGGGACUGUACCUGCCCUUCUGUUCUGUAUUUACACCACUGGACCCAGAAGUAUGCAUCAAUCAUUAAAGAUAAAGUUACAUGUUUUUCCCAAAUGAACAGUCUGACUAAAUAUGUGAAACAACUGAACAUAAUUCCCUCAGAAUGCUCAGGAGCUGAUAUUAUACUGGAUACAAACCAUUUAAAACCUUGGUUUUAUUUGAUUUCGCUAUGCAGUAUAUUACUCUUCUUAUUUUUUACAAGUUAAUUUUUUAAAAAAUGAUUAAUGUUCAGAUCUGGAAGCAAGCUACCCAUAACCAAACCCAUUUUGAAAUUUGAGAUAUGAGAUAAUGGAAUACCAGGCUCAAUAGUCUUGUGUAGGUUAGCAUUAGUUGGAGUCUCGGUCUCCAGUUCAUAUUCUAAAUAUGAAAUCUAUGGAGAUGUAAUCCUAUAAUGUGGCAAUAAUUUAUCAAACCAUUUGCAUUGCAUUGCAUUAAUAUGCAUAAUGUGGGUAUAGAAAAUUAAAAUGAUUGGACAUGUUUAAGAGAGUUACUGUUCUGUAACGUUGUCAAAGUAGAAAAAUAUUCAGAAAGUUUACAGACCACUUCAUAUUUUACACAUUGUAUUAUGUUCCAGCCUUACGCUAAAAUCAUUUAAAUUCAUUUUUCCUCACAUCAAAGACACUCGAUACCACAGAAUGACAAAGGUGAAAACAGGAAUUUAGAAAUGUUUGCUCAUUUAUUGUAUUAAAAACAAAACACUGAAGUAUCACAUUGUCACAAUUAUUCAUAAGCAGCUUUGGAGUAGAUUCCAGAUUCGUGGGUAUGACAAGCUUCACACAUCUGGAUUUGAGGAUUUUCUGCCAUUCUUCUCUAAAGAUGCUUUCAAGCUCUGUCAGAUGGGAUGGGGACCACUGGUGGACAGCUAUUUUCAGGCCUCUCUAGAGACUGUGGUCACUGGAAGGAAAUACAAAGAGAAAAUGUUGGGACGCCAACCUGGUCAACCCCAUUUAAUUAUGAUAAUCAUCCAAACAAAAAUGAGUGUUCGAUGGCACUAAACAAACAAAAGUCAGGGUCCUAGGAUGAUAAAUCCUUUCUCAGCCUGUAAGCCUGUACUAGUCAUGGAGGGAAGGAGCUCUGUGCUGCGUUGCUUCUUGUAACAAUUGAUGCCUCCUUCCGGGAAGCACAGGAUAUGUUACUGGGGGACAGAAGGGGCAGAGUCAGUUGCCCUGACUGGACAUCUUCUCAGCACUGUGGAAGGAAAAAAAGGAGACAAGGUUAGCGCCAGCAUUCCCGCUUGACCCGGGGUGGAAGAGCCUGGAGGAUGAUCCACUGACACACAUAAGUGAUAAAAUGUUCAAUUUGGUUCAAGUCUAUGUUCUGGCUGUGCACCUAAAGGACAUUCCCUUUCUUGUCCCUAAGCCACUCCUGCAUUGUCUUUGGUUUGUACUUAGGGUCAUUGUCCUGGUAAAAGUUGAGCCUUAGUCCUGUUAAGGAUAUUUCUGUACUUUGCCCCAUUCACGUUUCCCUCCGCUCUGCCUAGGCUCUCAGUCCCUGCUGCUGAAAAAUAAUCCCACAGCAUCAUGCUGCCACCACCAUGCUUCACCAUUGGAAUGAUACUGCACAGGUGACGAGUAGUGACUAAUUUCCUUUAGACAUGAUGAUAAUCUUGUUUUCAUCAGACCAGGGAACCCUGUUCCUCAUAAUCUUAGAAUCUCGUAGGUGGCUCUUCUCCCACAGUUGCCCUGUUUGACUGGCUGAUCAGCACUUGAAGAGUUGUAGUUGUUCCAAAAGAUAUAUUCCAUUUAAGAAUUAUGAAAGACACUGCGCUCUUGGAAACCAUGAAUACUGCAUGAUUUUUUGUAGCCAUCCACAGAUAUGUGCUCUUACACCAUCCUGUCCCUCAGCUUUUUAGGCAAUUUCUUCAAUCUCAUGGCUUGGUUCUUGCUUUAAUAUGCAUUGUCAGCUGUGGGACCUUCUAUAGGCAGAUGUGUGCCUUUCCUAAUUAUGUCCAAUCAAUUGAGUGACCACAGAUAGAUUCCAAAAAAGGUGUAGAAACAUCUCAAUAGAAAAGAAUGUGCCUGAGCUAAAUUUCAAGAGUCAUAGCAAAGCAUAUGAAUACCUGUGUCAAAAAUGAUAUUUUAUUUUUUUAUUUUAAAUACAUUUCCAAAAAUUUCUAAAAUCUUAAAAAAUUAUUUUAGCGCAAGUCUGCAACAUAGCAAAAUGUGAAAAAAAUAAUAGGGUCUGAACUUUACGAAUCCACAGUAAAUACAGUUUGUAUAUCUGCAAAUGCUGGUCCAAUCCAAUGUGUGCUAAUAAUACUAUAUACCCUCAUAUGCAUUUCAGCAAAGAUUCCUUUAAUAUUCUCUUUAUCUAAUAUUCUAAACAAAUUAUCAAAAAUCAAUGAAUAGAUGGAUUACUAAAUUAGAAAACCCGUUUUUAUAGCAGGGUUUUUGGAGGGCUUAACACAGAAUGGCCUCAGGACAACUCAGGUCAAAGAUGAGUUAUCUGCAGCUCUCUGGUUAGUGCAACUUUAGAUGCAGGAGGAGAUGCAGUGAGUAGUAAAAUCUGUCCUAAAACAUUUAGGAAAUGCUUUGUCUUCAAGAAACAGCUGUCUGUCCAGUUCACCAACUAUGUCAGAAGCUAGCUAGUGGUGUGCAAAAAUAAGAACUAAAAAUAACCUGACAUUCGAUAGCGUAAUGCAAUGCCAAAAUAAAUAUAAAGUAAUGAAACAAACUAUUGUUAUAAAUUUGAUUGUCAAGUGUUAUCUUCAUAUACAAUUUUUAAAAUUAAUACUUUAAUUACUGUGGUGGGCUGGCACCCUGCCCGGGAUUGGUUCCUGC